AAUAAGACCAAAAAAAUAUAGAAUUGAGCUAAAACCAAACCACUACCAGCAUCAAGAUCAAGAGCAGACGACCACAGCGCCCAGACCGAGCCCUAACCUUGGCCCCUUCCCAGCCAGCCAGCCAGACAGCGCCAUCACAACCAGUCAGCCCCAAAACGCAGCAGGCACGGAAGCAACGCCCCUUACAGAGAACCCCGUAGGAAAAUACCCAUACAUGCCGUACCAGAUCGAAGUGGAAAACGAAAUGGAGGAGGAGGAUGUACGAAUAAGCGUUGUGGAUGUGUACGACUUGGCAUCAGAAAUAGGAAAGGAAUUUGAGAAGAUUAUAGACCGAACUGGGGCUGAGGCUGUUACAGGGCUGAUGCCGCGGGUUAUUAGCGCCUUGGAAUACCUGGAAAAGCUUGCAAAUCGACAUGAGAACACCUCAGCUUACAUACAAGAGCUAAGGGCAUCUAUCACUCACCUGGAGAACGAAAAGAUUGGGAAAGCUGAGGAUAGGCAAAGAUAUGAAAGGGAGCUCGAGGAUAUUGAGGACAGACUACGCGAAGAGAGUCACGAGCUGGUGGCGAUGGUGGCGCGUCUGCAGGAUGAGAACCGCAAGCUGUCCUCGUCCCUGGCAAAGACUGAGGGGACACUUAUACACUCCAAUGGUGCGACCCCCGAGGUGGACCUGAAGGUGGUGACGCAGCUGCAGGAAGUGAUCGAGAGCCAGAGGGAACAGCUGCACAAGACUGAGAAAGAAGCACAUAAAAAAACAACUGAUGCGGAAAAUCUCAAGUCACAGCUGGAGAAGGUCAACCACAUCAACCGAGAGCUCCGCCGGCGACAGCGAACCAGUGUGUCUCAGAUGAGGUCACUGAUAGAUGAAAGGGCUGAACUACAGGCGGCGCUGCAGGAGGAGAGCCGCGCCGUGUCCGUGCUGCGACAGAGACUCGGCCUGGCGCAGAAAGAAAACGAGGACUUGUCAAUCUCCAGCAAUGAAUCGCAUGACCUCACUAACAAGCUUGUCUACGACCGCGAUGACCCCAAUCGACCCCGCUUCACCAUGACAGAACUUAAGGAGAUUCUAUAUGAGCGUAACGAACUGAAGGCGCGGGUGUCUGACCUGGAGGAUGAGCUGGAGAUGUACAGACCACGUGAUCAGCGAGCGGAGGUGGUGGAAGAUGAUGACGAUGAUGAUGGGGAGGACACCAGUGACCCCCCCGUGCAAGGCCCUAUGCCCUACGAACCUGACGACGCUCCCUGGAAGAAAGAAGAAUCGGGAAUCAGAAAAUUCUUCCGACGUUUGUUUGGGGACGAGAGCACCUCCACCACCACCCACACCACCAUCACCACCUCCGCCUCCUCCACCAGCCCCAAACGCACACUUCUCACCCUGCAUCGCCCCUGAACUCUACCUUGGGUCCAGUGUGGGUGGUGCUAGGGCCUUAGGGUGAACAUAGGGUGACUAAGGGUGACACGGUGAUGCUGUGGUGUUUGGAUUUCAUCACCCUUUAUUUGUCAGUGUUGAUAGGGUGAGUUAGGGUGAAAAAUAGGGUGAUUUAGGGUGAAAAAUAGGGUGAUUUUGGACGCUGUGGUCUUUGUCUGCAUUUUGUCACCCUAGAUUUUUCUGUUGUGUUGAUAGGGAGAUAAGAGUGACCAAAUGCCAACUUAGGGUGAAAAUAGGGUUACCAAGGGUGACUUAGGGUGAUGUUAUGAUGUUUGGACUAUUUCACCCUACAUUUAUCAGUAUUAGAGUGAGUUUAGGGUGAUGAAAGGUUGAGUUAGGGUGAAAAUAGGGUGAUUUAGUGUGAAUAGGGUGACAGGGUGAUUUUUUUGGUGUUUGUCUGGAUUAUGCCACCCUUUAUUUGCAUUAGUGUUGGCAGAAUGACCUAGGGUGAUGAACGAUUGAGUUUGGGUGAAAAUAGGGUGAAGUACAGAGAAUGGGGUAAUUUAAGGUGAUACAGCAGUGUUUGUAUUUUGUGAAUCUUCAAGUAAUCACCCUUGUUUUUCCUGUUAGGGUCAGUUAGGGUGAGCAAAGACUGAGUUAGGGUGAAAACAAGGCAAUUUUAGACUGAAGACAGUGUGUUUAGGGUGACACUGUGGUAUUUUAAGGUGUUUUUUAAUUUUCUUGGCUGUCAUGAUAGAACACCCUUGCACCCUUGAGUUCUUAUGGUUAGGGUGAUUCAGAGUGAGAACAGGGUGACUUAGGGAUGAUGUUGUAGCGUUUAAGAGUGUUUGGAUUCUGUCAGCACCCUUGCACCCUUGAUCUGUUUAUUAUUAGGGUGAUUCAGAGUGAGAAUAGGGUGACUUAGGGUGAUGUUAUAGUGUUUAAGAGUGUUUGUUUGGAUUCUGUCAACCCUCGUAUAAAUGCACCCUUGAUCUGUUUAUUAUUAGGGUGAAUAGGGUGAUUUAAGGGUGAAUUAGGGUGAUGCUGUUGUGUUUCAAGGUAUCUGCUUUCGUUUUGUCUCCCUAUGUGAUAAGACACCCUUGAUUUUUCUGUGCUAGGGUGAUUUAAGGGUGAAUUAGGAUGAUGCUGUUGUGUUUAAUGGUGUUUAUUUUGAUUGUCAGCCUAUAUGAUAAAACACCCUUAAUUCUUCUGUGCCAGGGUGAUGAUAGGGUGACUUAGGGUGAAAUAGGGUGAUGCUCUGGUGUUUAAAGAUGUUUGUCUUGGUUUUGUUGACUGUUAUAAAAAGCACCCUACAUUCGUACAAAACUAGGGUGACUUAGGGUGAACUUGUGUGAAAUCCAGUGAUAUUAGGGUGAUCUAGGGUGAAUAUAGUGUGAUACCAUUAAAAUCAUGAUGUUUUGUGUUGAUAGGGUGAGGAUGGAGUCAAAUAGGGUGAUGACAGCAUGAAAUUAAGGUUUUCAAGGAUCUUUUGUGCUGAUAGGGUGUCAAUAGGGUGAGGAUGGAGCCAAAUAGGGUGGUGAUAGCAUGAAAUUAAGGUGUUUAAGGGUGUUUUGUGUUUAAACGUAAAGCUAGACUGACUUUUGGCAUCUAGGGUGUUGAUUCAGUGUUGUCAGGGUGAUGAAGCAUUGGUACGAUGACACAGAAAGGUGUUUCAGGGUGAACUGAUAUCAAAACAGGGUGAACUGAUAUCAAAACAUUAUCUCAUACUUACCAAUCUCAUCAAGUCACCCUAAAUCUUGUAAACACCUCAAAAAUCACCCUAGAUUUUGUGAACACCUCAAAAAUCACCCUAAUUUUUGUAUACACAGCCCAAAAUAACAUCUUUGAAUUAAUUGACACCCUAAAAACACUUAAAUCUUGUCUACACCCUAAUUUUCACCCUAGAAAUGUGCCAAACUGCAGAAAAUGCCCUAGACCUUUAAAACACCCUAUAACUUAACAGAACUUAAAAAAAAACACCCUAAUUUCUGUCUACACCCUAAAAACACACCCUAAAAUUUGCUAGACCUAAGAAAUCACCCUAAAAUUGUACCUGGAACAUCAAAUCAUACAAAAAAACACCCCAGUAUUUAUCAGACCAAAGAAAAACACCCUAGUUCCUGUUUACACCCUAAAAAUCACCCUAAGUUACUGAAUCUCAGAAAAAAAACCCUAAAAUUUUGUCCUAGUCUAAAAAUCACCCUAGAAUUUAAUGGACCCUAAUCAAAAAACACCUCAAAUAUUUGUCUACACCCUAAACUUUUGCUAGAUCCAAGAAAACACCCUGAAAUCACCCUUAAACUCCAUGAACCCUUGACAAAACACCCUAACUUUUCUCUUCACCCUAAAAAUCACAUUAGAAUUUGCUGGACCCCACAAAAAACACCCUGAAUAUUAUCCACACCCUAAGAAUCAGUUGAACCCCAGAUAAAACACCCUAAAAUAUCACAAACUUAAGAAAAACCCUAAAAAUCACCCUAGAACCAUAUAGACCCUUUAAAAAGACCCUAAAUUCACCCUAGAAUCAAAAAACAACCAAGAAGUCACCCUAAAAUUUGUCACACCCCAGAAAAACACCCUAAAUAUCCCCUUAGAAUUUGCCAGGCCCUAUAAAACACCCUAGAAUUUGUCAAAAACCCAAAAAAACACCCUAAAAAUCACCCUAGAAUUUGUCCAAACCCAAAAACGCCCUAAAAAUCACCCUAGAAUUUGCAGAACCUCCCAAAACACCCUAGAUUAUUGCACGUUUACCCCCCACUGCGACUUACUGAAAUACAAUGAUGAUAUGGGUGUAUGGGUCCCCCCCCCCCAUACACUCACCCAUACAUUCCCUCACUGAUAUACCCCCCCUACCCCCCCUAUGGACUCUCAGCCUACACCCUUCACCCUUCUUGGUUCCUCGUCUGUCUGUCACCCUGAAAUAUUACCCUAGAUAAAGAUAUUUCAGUCAUUUUAUCCCUAGAUUACUAUGACUACUACUACUACUACUACUACUACUACUACUACUACUACUACUACUAUUACUACUACUACUACUAUUACUAUUUGAAGGAAAGAUAUGAAGAACAUCUGUUUGUUUGUUUGUUUGUUUGUUUAUCUCAAGGUUGUGUUAUGUGUGUUAAUAAUAAGGUGUACAUGUGUGCGUUUGUGUGUACGCGUGUGUGUGUAUGUGCGUGUGUGUUUCUUAAUCUCAUGUACACACACACACAUACACACACAUGCGUACAUACAUACAAACGCACACAAACGUACACAGAUUUUCAAAUUAUAUAUAUAUAACCAUUGUACUGUGAGAGAAUACGUACAUGUGACUGUUUUUUAUGUACACACACACACACACACACACACACACACACACACACACACACACACACACACACACACACACACAGUAGAUGUUUAAAAGGAAAAAAAAAGAAAAAAUAUAGGAGGAGGAGGAGGAGGAGGAGGAGGAGGAGGAGAAAGAGAAAGAGAAGAUGGUGCUAAAGAGAGAGAGAGAGAGAGAGAGAGAGAGAGAGAGAGAGAGAGAGAGAGAGAGAGAGAGAGAGAGAGAGAGAGAGAGAGAGAGAGAGAGAGAGAGAGAGAGAGAGAGAGAGAGAGAGAAAAUAUAUAUAUUAACCUAACCUAACCA